AUGAGUAGCGCCAUCCAGGAGCUUGAGGAGUCGCUCAAAGACUUCACCCGACAGCUCGAGGACGCAAAUGCAAACCUCGAGGUCGAGCCUGACAACGCGGGCUUUCUCGAGCUCAAGGCCGAGCUAGAGGCCGGCAUCGCCGCAUUCGAAAGCUUGCUCGAGGAAGAACGCGCGCGUGCUCCUGCCCCGAAACCCCCUUCGCCGCCCGCGGUCAAGGAGAAAUGGUCCAGGGAGAACCAUCCCGCUUUCAAGAAAUCCGCGCCGCCCCCGGCCGAUGACGAGCCUGCCGCACCUGUCGCCUACAAAGUCAACGACGUCGUUCUUGCGAAGUGGAAGUCUGGUGACAAGUCUUUCUACCCCGCCAAAAUCCUGAGCAUUACGGGCUCUUCGACCUCUCCGACUUAUCACAUCAAGUUCACCCAGUACAACGACACAGAGACUCUUGCUGCUCACGAAAUCAAGCCGAUUUCGAACGACUCGAAGAAGCGCAAGGCUGAUGGCUCUCCAGUCACACCGACCACGCCCACCGCUCCCGCUACCUCUGGAGUCAUAUCUGCUGCUGCGGACAUCAACCCCGCUCUUGCUAGCCAAGCGAAGAAGGAGCCCAGCAAAGUCAGCGAUGGUCCCCCGAAGCCGGCCAAGAUUCCUCGCAAAGUGAAGGCGAACAAGGAGCUAGAGACGAACAAGAACAAGUGGCAGCAGUUUUCAGCGUCGGGCAAGGGAAUGAAGAAGAAGGACAGCAUGUUCCGCACUGGUUCUAGCGUUACUGCUCGAGUUGGAUUCACUGGCUCCGGUCAAGAGAUGCGCAAGGACCCUACGCGUAGUCGCCAUAUCUACCAGACGCAAGAGGAUGAGGACUAA